GCUUUCUACAAACAUUGCCUUGCCAGUGUUGGAACCCUGGGAUGUUCUGGUGCGCGUGUCCUAUGUCUCCCUCGGACCCGUCGACAGCAAGUCCGCCGAAAUGUCGCCCACGGUGGGCGCCACGGCCGGAACCGAGUUCUCGGGCAUUGUGGCUGCGCUAGGCAACAAUGUGGGCGCUGACAGCAACAACAACAACAAUAAGACGGCCCCAGUGCGGAUCGGUGACCGGGUCGUGGGAGGAAUCUUUGGGAACAACCCACUGCGACACGAUAAUGGCGCCUUUGCGCAGUACGUGGCGGUACCAUCUCGCCUCGUAUGGCGCGUCCCCGAUGGCAUGGACCUGGCAGCCGCGGUGACGUUGCCCACCGCGCUCGCGACCGUGGGGUUGUCCCUAUUCCAGUACAUGAAGCUUCCCAUGCCCCAGGGCAACAAUAAUCUGCAGACUCCAUCGGAGGGUCCAUAUGUACUUGUCUACGGGGGCGGCACGGCCACGGGCUGCAUGGCGAUCCAGAUACUCAAGUGGGCCGGCUUCAGGCCCAUCACGACCUGCUCCGACGCGAGCAAAGAACGGGCCCUUCGACUGGGGGCCGCUGCCACGUUUGACUAUCAUUCACCCGAUUGCAGUGCGCAGAUCGGCGAGUACACGGCGGGUACCCUGGGGCUAGCCCUCGACUGUAUCACGGACUCUUCCUCCAUGGCCCUGUGCUAUGAGGCUCUGGGGAGCGAGGGCGGCCGAUACGUGGCCCUGGACUUCUUCCCCCUACGCUGCCAUACCCGGCGGAGUGUUCAGCCUGACUGGGUGUGUACCUACACCCAGUUCGGUCAUCCAGUGGCAUGGGCGCCUCCAUACAACCUGGAUGCCCGCCCGCACGAUCAUCGCACCGCGGAGUCCUGGUACGUGGUGUCGCAACAGCUGCUCGAUCAGGGUAGGAUUGAGCCACUCCCGGUUGAAGAGCGAAGUGGUGGACUGGCAGCCAUUGGGGAAGGCAUGAAGGAGGUUCGAAGUGGACAGAUUCAAGGUAGAAAGCUGGUGUAUCCCAUUGCUUAGAAUGAAUCCCACCACUACUACCGAUAUUGAAUUGGAUACCUCCAUCGGCAUCUUGAGAAUGCCCGGUAACUUCGUUUCCGUAUGUCCGCGCCAAUCCUUCGCUUAUAUCCUAGGAUGUGUCAGCGAUAGGCUAACUAGCAAGUUUAAUAUCUUGAUCUUUCUAUUUGGG